UUAUGGCGCAAAUCGCUGCUCCACUCCACUGCUACUUCUCCUCUUGCUCGUUGACCAGCGGCGACUGUCUCGUCCCCUUCCGCCCCGUGCUCGUACUCCACCUCCGGUAGCAGAUCCGGCGCAGCUACCCACCCACACUGCGCCCGACCACCUCUCGAGCUACGCCUCCUCCGUUCGACUUCGCCGCCGCACCACUGGGGCGACUUACUCUCCCCGAGCUCCCGCCGCACCACCCUGUGCUGAGUACUGUAGUCCCCCUCCCGCCGCAGAUCCGGCACAUCCAUCCAUUUCCGGCCGCGGAUCCGGCUGCAGCCACCCACCACCGGCUCGACUUCGCCGCCGCUCCACUGCAGCACCGCGUCGCUCCGAAUCACUUGGUUACUUCUUGCCCUCCUCAUUCACCAGCGACGUCCGCCUCCUCCAUCUCCCGCGGCACCACCCCGUACUCAUACUCCGCCUCGCCUCCCGCUGCAGAUCCGGCACGUCCGUCCACCUCCGGCCGCGGAUCCAGCGCAGGCACCCACCCAUCUUGCCCCGACCACCUCUCCAGUUACGCUUCAACUGUUCGACUUCAACGCCGCAUCACUGCAAUACCACAUCUCUUCUCCGUCGCUCGGGUCGAGAUGUCGGUGAGCGCGACAAUGGGGGUGAUGAAGCCCCUCCUCGGCAAGCUGGCGGAGCUGGCAGGCAACGAGUACAGCAGGCUCAAGGGGGUGAGGAAGCAGGCGUCCUUCCUCGAGAAGGAGCUCAGCGCCAUGAACGCCGCCCUGGAGAAGAUGGAGCUCAUGGACGAGCUCGAUCCGGUGGCCAGAGACUGGAGGGACCACGUCAGGGAGAUGUCCUACGAAAUUGAAAACUGCAUCGAUGACUUCCUACGCAAGUUCGGUGGCGGUCAUGCCAAGGUAGGCUUCAUCAGGAAGACUGCUCUACGUCUCAAGAUGCUGGGACAGCGUCAUCGGAUUGCUGACCGGAUGGAGGAGCUCAAGGUUCUUGCGCUAGAGGCAAAUGAACGACGCCUCAGGUAUAACAUCGACGAAUGCAAUCCUAAUUCCAGCUAUGAAUGCAAUCAUAAUUCUAGCUUUGUGGCUAUUGAUCCUCGGAUGUCGGCGAUAUACAUAGAAGCAGCUGGGCUUGUGGGUACCGAUGGUCCAAGGAAGGAGCUUGUCAGUUUGUUGACAGAUACUGAGAAGAAGCUCAAGGUGGUGUCCAUUGUGGGAUUUGGAGGACUGGGUAAAACUACACUUGCCAAAAGGGUGUAUGAUGAGAUCCGAGAGCAGUUUGACUGUACAGCCUUUGUUCCCGUAUCCCAAAAGCCUAAUAUGACAGAGUUUAUGACAGGACUGCUUCAUCGUUUUCCUAAACCACCAAAACUUGAGAUUGAUGAGUCUUCUCAAGCACAAGCACGAGGCAUGCAAGACAUAAUUGAUGACAUCAUAAAACGUCUGAAGAAGAAGAGGUACCUUAUUGUAAUUGAUGAUUUGUGGGACCAGUCAACAUGGAAUACUAUUAGCCGUGCCUUUCGAGAAGAAUUUCCAGAAGAUGCCAAGGGGAGUAGAGUAAUAGUAACCACACGAGUGGAAGGCGUGGCUUAUGGAGCAUGUUACAGUCGACCUGAGUGCAUUUACAGAAUGAAGCCCCUCGGCGAACAAGACUCAAAAAGAUUGUUUUUUCGUAGAGUAUAUGGGUCUGAAGAUGACCAUCCAUCUCGAUUUGAAGAAAUCUCGGCUGAAAUUCUGAAGAAGUGUGGUGGUCUCCCACUUGCAAUCAUUACUAUAGCUAGCCUAUUAGCUAGUCGUCCUCAAAGGAUAAGGGAUGAGUGGGAGAGCAUUAGGAAUUCUCUUGGAACCCAAUUUGCGGUAAAUCCCACAUUGGAUGGGAUGAGGAGUAUAUUAAACCUUAGCUACAUCCAUCUUCCGCUUCAACUCCGGGCUUCUUUUCUGCACCUUGGUUUCUAUCCAGCAGACUGCGAGAUUGAGAGGGAUGAUUUGGUUCGACAAUGGUUAGCUGAAGGGCUUGUCAAUAAGUUGCAUGGCCGAGAUAUGGAGGUUGUUGCGAACAACUAUUUUAAUGAGCUUGUCAACAGAAGUUUGAUUCAGCCUGACCGUACAAAGUGUGGGGAGUUGGUAUCGUGCAGAGUACAUGAUAUGAUGCUCGAUUUGAUCCUAAGCAAGUGUGAAGAGCACAACUUUCUCAGAGUUGAAUGCAAUUCUGAAGACAUGGCAAGAGAGCAUGGCUGGAAAUACAAGGUCCAUCGCAUAUCCAUGAACUUCAGCGGUGGUGGUGCAGCCGAUGAGACGGCAUCAGGGACCAUACCUUCUAGCAUGUCCCAUGUUCGAUCAGUUGCACAUUUCGGAGGAUCCACGUACAUGCCCCCUCUUUUGCAUUUUAAGUAUCUAAGGGUGAUUCUCUUCAAAAUUUCAGGGGAGAAGACAACCGAUCUCACUGCCAUUAGCCAGUUGUUCCAACUGAAGUAUUUAAAGGUUUCAGUUACACAACGAAUCAAACUCCCUACUGAAAUUCAAGGGCUUGUGCAUUUGGAGACACUAGAUUUAUAUUGCUAUCAGUUAAAAAUCCCAUCAGACAUAGUUCGCUUGCCCUGCUUAUCCAACUUGAUAGUUCCAAAAGGGACAAAGCUACCUAAAGGGAUCAGGAAUAUGAAAUCACUGCGCACUCUGGAUGGGUUUGGGCUAAGGUGGAGCUUGUUGGAGGAUAUCGAGGGACUCGGUGAGCUGACCAAUCUGAAGUGUCUGAAUCUUGUAGAGGGUGACGUGGACAUUCUAACGACAUCAGAGGUUGUUGCUUUGGCGUCCUCCAUUGGAAUGCUCCAUGACCUCAUAUAUCUCUGCAUCCAUGGCACUUUCUUUGAUACAGGCGACCACCUGAGCUCAUUAUCAGGUCCUUUUCGUCAUAUCAAGGUACUUAAAUUGUGUGGUUGGGUGAUGCCUGGAGUUCCCAAAUGGAUUUGUGGCCUUGAAUGCCUCUCUUGGCUAGAGCUGAAUAUUAUGACGUGCACUGACGAGUUUCACGCUCUUGGAGAGCUGCCUUCUCUCGUCCAUCUCAGUUUAUGGUUGGACAGUAUCCCUGAAGACAGUGCUGUCAUUUUCUCCACGGGAUUAUAUCCAGUUCUUGAGACAUUUAGAUGUUUAUCAAAGUAUGAUGUUACCGCAUGUCUGGCCUUUGAGGCAGGUGCUAUGCCCAAACUUCGUAGGCUCGGACUACAAUUCCACAAGGAUCAGUGGGGCGGCGCUACACCAGUUGGGUUGGAGCACCUGUUGAGCCUCGAGAAUAUCUCUGUAGAUAUCACCUGCUGCUCCCUAGAAGUGGAGGAUAAAGCAGCCUCUGUUGUAGGCUAUAUGUAUCGUGCGUCAUGGUGGUUUUGCCAACGGGCAAUCGAAAAGAGGCGUUGCAUAGUUUCAUCCUGAUCACAAAAACAACAUCUAAAACUACCCACUCACUUUUGCUUUACCAAACUAUCUUUUGUUAAGAUCA